CCUCAAAUGGGUUAAUAAAAUCCGGAGCUAGUUAUGACGACUGGGACGUUUUCACAUAUGUGAACGCUGAGGUUUUCUGUUGUUUAUCAGCAGCUCGGUGUCCAGCGGCACAGCGGCAGGAAGCUCCGACGAAUUUGAGGUCAAGUUGCAAAUUAACGAUAUCCGUCUGAUCUUCACUCCUCUCCAGAUUCUGUGAAUCCAAGGUUUAUUCGACAGCAGCGAUUGUUGAAACAGUGUAAAGAUGAACCAAGAAGAUUUUGGCUCCAGUCCGAAAUGUGCCAUGUAUGCUAGCUGGAGAUGAGAAUGAAACCGAGUCGCAGUUUCCUCCUGGGCCUGUGCUCCAUGCUGGCCCUGGGAUUCCUCUACUACUUUUCAGGGAGGAUCAGCUUACGAGGCUGGGGCCACAGAUCAUUGUAUGACAAACAAGGAUUCCUAUUGAAGUUGGAUGGUCGUCUGCCUCUGGAGCUGAUGUACAAAUAUGGCAAUCUCAGUGAGGGAGCCUGUAAACCUGGUUUUGCAGCUGCCAAGAUGACUACCAUUUAUCCAAAGUUCACCAAACUGGCGCCCAUGUUCCUUGAUCCAAAUUACAAACGAUUCUCCAAGAUUGGUGAUUAUUCACCUCCGUUUGGUGUAAAAUCACAAGAGAAGAUGAUAGAUAUUCUUCUGGCAGCCACUAAGAGCUAUGGUCUUGGGGAAGAAGUUGACAGUAUGAACUGUAAGACGUGCAUCAUAGUAGGGAAUGGAGGAAUCCUCACCAACAAGUCUCUGGGACAGAAGAUUGACGAGUUUGAUGUGGUGGUCAGGUUAAAUGAGGCCCCAGUGAAAGGCUUUGAGAAAGAUGUCGGCUCCAAGACCACUAUGAGGAUCACGUAUCCAGAGGGUGCCAUCCAGAAGACAGAACGCUAUGAGACUCAGUCCCUGUUUGUCCUCUCUGCCUUUAAAGCUCUGGACUUCAAGUGGCUUCGACACAUGGUCUUCAAACAGAGGCUGCGCAGCACUGAUGGGUUCUGGAAGUCGGUGGCCAGACACGUUCCAAGGGAGCCCAGUGACAUGCGCAUCCUUAACCCCUACUUCAUCCAGGAGGCCUCCUUCAAGCUGAUUGGCUUACCUCACAACAAUGGACAGAUGGGCAGAGGGAAUAUCCCAACCCUGGGGACAGUUGCUAUAACGAUGGCCCUUCAUAACUGUGAUGAAGUAGCUGUGGCUGGAUUUGGCUACAACAUGAGCACCCCCCAUGCCCCUCUGCAUUAUUACGAGAAAAUCAGGAUGUCAGCCAUCAAAGAGUCCUGGACUCACAACAUAUCUAAAGAGAAGGAGUUCUUGGUGAAGCUGGUGAAGGCUGGAGUUAUCCAAGACUGGACCAGUGGGAUCUGUGGUGCAGGAUGCUGAUGGACUGCAUUCAGCUUCAACACUCCUGGAUGUAGCACGAUGCUCACCUCCACCUGCUCCAGCACCUGAAGGGAAACUCAAGGCUCUGUUGGGCAUAUUCUCAGCAGAGAGCAGCAGCUGUCACACAAAGUGGUCAGUGGUCAGACUGUGAGUGUAUGAGGCUUAUUGACAAGGACACACUGCCCCAGUGCUGCAUAUUGGCAUUUUGAAGCCAUUGGCCUCUGCAAUUUAUCGCAUUAUUUAGCUCGUCCUAGUUGCAGGUUAUAGUAUAUGUACAUGGAUUUGGUAUCCUGACUCAGGGGUAUGUCAGCAGUGUUGGGGAUCAAACCAGCACCCAGAUCAGGCUGCCCUCCUACUAGAACUGCUGCAGGCAGGAGAGAUGAGAAGAGGAUAAAGAUGUUGGGUUUAAAUUUUGAGCCUGUGCCAAGAAUAGCUCAACAAGUGUCCUUUUGCUCACAUAUCUGAAUGUAAUCUGCAUCAAACUUAUAGUCACGUAUUCAUAUCUUUCUGUGUUAAACAGGGUGCACACUAUAUGACACAUAACUCAGCCGUCCUGGAUCAGUCUCUGAGGUCUGAGGGUAAGCCCUUCUAUCAGAGCAACAUGGCCACCAUCAGUGCUUGUUGAGAUGAGUGGCUCAGAGUCAGUAUGAAGCUAGGAAACUGUGGAACACAAGCAAGCUUCCUCAGCAGUGACAUAUACCUUACAGAUUAGACAGAUGCAAAGGAGUCACGUAUCACAAGAUACUAUUAUCCCCAAGACUCAUCCCCAGUGUCCACUGUAUGUGGCCGAGUCACAUUUCGUCUCCAAGCAGCCAGAGCAGCUUGUGUCUCUGAAUCAUGAAAUUCAAGUUGUGAACAUAUGUAAAUGUCUAUGUUUAUGGACAUUUUGCUUAAACUAAUGAUGCAUUUUAUUUUCUACUGACUUUUUCUUAUGUACAAGCAGUAAAGCUAUUUUUCUUGUUUGUUUCUGUCACUUUUCCUUUGAAGUCUAUUAAGCAGGUGACGGAAUACUACAGGUUUCCUUCUGCUGAUAUUUACAGUUCAGGGAAUACAAAUACAGUACAAAAUAGAGAUAAGACACUGUGCUGUUGUAAAACCAGCAAAGUAUUACCACAAAGUAUGUGUUACUGAUCAUAAAUGAGCU